GUCCGUGGAAUACAGACCUAGGCCACCGCCGCCACAAUGCAGUCCCCUGCCCAUGAGCAUCGUUGCUACUACGGUAAAGUGUAUCAGGCCUUGGCCUCUCUCCAACGGCGUUCCAGGAACUGUCCCGCAGCCUCAUCCGAAGAUUGCAGACACCUCCUUCAGCUCUUGGCUUGCUUGAAGCCACAGCCGGUGCCUGGAGAUCUAUUCUAUCGCACGUUCUAUCCUUUUCGGCUUUGGAACGAGGAUGGUAACGAGUCUGUUGGACAUAUCUUCAACUUUCCCUCGAUCUUUGAAACGGAACGCCGGCUACAAAAGACCAUACAGGAUGCGAUUAAUGCUGGUGCUCUUCAUGUAACAACAACUAGCUCGGUGGUCUCUAGGAAUGGCUUAUGGUGGGCUUGCCGUUGCUUUACACUGUCUAGUCCAUCGCAAGUGUUCAUCCGGAACGACAUGGCGUCCACAGAAGCCAUGGACGGGGCUGGAACAAUACCUCCCGCCUCUCCUGGAGGACCUUUUCUGUACGCAUCCCUCAUAGAUAUCUUUUUGAGGGGUUACGAGGCAAUUACGAGGCUGCAAAUAAGCUGAGAGAGAGCCAGGGGAAUGACACGUUGGUAGCGGAGAUAUGAGAUGAUCCGAACUCUGAAAGAAGUGGUACAUUGAGCCGUCCUACCCUCGGCCUCACAGCAAGAUACAAUACCCGGGAAAAUAGGUUCACGAGACAACGCAACAUAGGCUGGAGAUCUCGUGAUU